CGCAGUGUGAAGGAAACUAUUCAAAGUUGAAAUUGAAUUCAAUAUUUUUUGUAAAUAACUAGUAAAUUGUCAAUAACAAUAUUGCGAUAAUCAGAAUAUGGCAAACGAAAACAUUAGACAUAUUGAUAUUGGUGAAGGCUUGGAAUUAGAACUACCAAAACGUUUGUUGACUGAGGAUGUUCAAAACUUUCGCGUGUUUAAAUGGGAUGCAAGAAAGAUAGUUCGAGAAGGUAGAGUAUUUCAUCCAGCAGAAAAUGACUAUCUGGUCAGUUCAAUUUACGAUAUCAGCAACCAGGCAUUUCGCUUUCCAGAUGGCGAGGAGGAAAAAAUAUGGGUAAAGGUUAAACUUGAUGAAGGGAAGGCAGAAGAAAAUAGAGUAUACAAAGCUGUUGUGAUAGCAGAUAAACAACCAACUUAUAAGAAAGCAUGGCUUAAGCUUGGAUAUGUGUGCUUCAGCGCAACCGCCAUCGACACGUGCUGUAUCCUAUCUUAUCCACAAAAAACAGAGUUUACUUGCGGUCCGACCGGCGGAAUCUACACAGCUAGUAAUGACUAUAGAAUACAGAUGUUUGUACCGGAAAUGGCGCUUACUCAUGAGGAAUUUAUGAUGGUUGAGACAAAAGACCCAAAUACAGAAUAUCUGACAUACAAACUGGCUGAGAAACCAGCAAUUCAGCCAAUAAGCAACAUGACACCGUCUCUUGCCGUCGAUAGAUUCAAUCCAAAAAAUAUUUUGAAACCAUUUAAAAUAAGACUUCCAAAACCAAACUCAGCUGGUAGAAAUGGUGAUAAGAUGGUUGUUUUAUGGUGGUUAGAUGACGAGCCUCAUGUCUUCGAUCCAGAAAAAGGAGACAUUAUUGUGGAGGAUAAUGAAGACAAUGUCAUGAUUACAGUCAACAAAUUUAAAAUGAAGCAAUCAACAAUGAAACCAGAACAUGCAGGUUUAGACUUUGUUACUGGUACAACACCAAGAAAAACAAUCCCGGUAUCUAAAGAAAGCGCUGACAAAAGGAAAAUGGGCGAGCAGAAAACAGGAAUGAAAUUUGCCAAAGAAGGUUUUCAGAUUGCAUGGAUUAAGCCUGGUAUAAAUCACCGAGAGAUUAGAGACGAUGCUAAAAUUCUAAUGAACAUUCAGCACGUUUGUAACAUACUGAUUUUUGCACGGAAAGAAUCGAACUUCAAGUUUGCCAUCAGAGUAGAAUGCAUCCCAGAAUACAAAAUUUCAGCAAUGAAACAGAAAAGAGCACAUGAACAUCAAUUUACAGAAAUAACUGAUUGUCGAUCUAAAACUGUUCAGAUUCACGAAGAUGAACGACUUCGUCUAAACUAUGUUGUCAAAGCUGAAAUUCAACCACAGUAUACUUUCGUGUACAAAGGAUCUUUUGACACAAAUUUUGCUCUGUUGGCAAUCGAUCUACCAAAAGGUGGACGUAUUGGAGCUUUUGAAAACAUGCAGUUCGACCUAACGGCAGACAAGUUUGUAAAGAUACGAAUUCAUCAAACCAACCUACCACUAUUGAAAUUGUCAAAACUGAAAAUUCCAAACAAACCGGUCGAAGAAGGAGAUUCUGAGUUCUUUGCCGACAGCAGUUUGAUUGUUCUUUCCAAACAUUUAACAAAUAAAUUGCACGAAGUUGGGCAAUUCGGCAGAGAGCUAAAAAUACCGACUGCCGUGAUAAUUGGUUUUGAAGAAGAGUUUAAAGUUCACACAACUGGUUUUCUUCACAGACUUCUUCAGUUUUGGCUUGAUAUGCCAGAGACUCAAGAACAAAGUAAUAUGUUUACGUUUCUUUUAGCUGCCAUAGAUAAAUCCAUGCAAAGCAUCAAUACUAAAUGGACAACAAAAAUCAUGACUCGUGUUCACAAAGCGGGGCGUGCGCUGACAGAUGAUGAUUUCAAAGGGAAAUACGUCACAGAAGCUGACAAAAGUGGGGAAUUUUCGGCUCAGUCAUCUAAAUAAAUCAAAAUUACUUGCUGUUUAUAUAUUGAAAAUUUAGAGAGUUUUAUUUUCAUAUGUUAGUGCUUGUUAUCUUAACUCUACCUGUUUGCUCUUGUCUUUCUAAAAAGCUUGAUAGAAUGUAGAUUUAUUGAAUUAUUCUGUAAAUUAUCUUGUUAAAAUAGGAAGAAUAUAUUACAUGCAUGCCUCCAUAACAUACUGUAUAUCUUUAUGGUUCCCGUGAGAGAACAUUGCAGGUAACGUCAAUAGGCCAUAGACCACAAUGAAUGAUCCCGCGUUUCGUUGUCCGAAUAUAGUUCCUUUAAUUAAAGUGUAUUUAUUCUUAUUUUUUUCUAAUUGCCUUUCUCAUUGAUUUCUUAAUUUGUAUGGGGUGGAAAUGAAAGGAGAGAGGUGAAAUACAUUUUUGGAUGUUGUUUUUAAACUGAUUUUGAUAUGGAAAGAGUGAUAAGCCAAGUGCAAAAAGGUAACAUCUCUUGACUUGUCAAUAGGGUAUAGAUGUGUAUUGGCUAAAUUUGUAAAAGUGAUUGCUUCAAUCUUUCUGAUUUUUUUAUAUAUUUUUGGACUAGUCCUAUAUAUAACACACAAAAGAUUUGACAAAAAUCCAUGGUGCAAUUUUUUUAAUGAGAAAAUGUUAUAAAGAAAUGAUAGUGGAAUUAAUUGUGGUCUGUGGCUGGUACCAUUUUUAAGGAAGAAGGGGGUUCUUCCUCCAUCUUGGAUUUUGUUAAAGCAGCUAAAAAUCGGGCAAGAUCCUUAAUGAAAUGUGCAAAAUUUGGAGAGUAAUAUGUAAUUCAAGUGUAAGUCUUAAAAAUUUUGAUAUAGAAAAACAGGUGUUUUAUCAUUUUUACGGCUGUAUUUUACAAAGAUCAGAUUAUUUUCGGUUUUUUUUAUCAUUUGCCGUAUAAGGGUAGAAAAGUCAGAUACAAGGGAAGUUAAAUCGAUAAAAAUAACUUUUGUUACAGACAGAAUGUACUGUAAAUUUACUUAUUUUUAAUAUGUAGUAAGAAAAUAAGUCGUUUUAACAAUUUUCGAACUAUCUGGGCCCUCAAAGGAAAGUAUUUUCAAAGAUUUCAACUUGAUAAUUUGAUAAGCUUCCGACGUAAAUUGAUUAUAAACAAAUAUAAAAAUAGUUAGAUUGCAUUUUUGUUUUAUUUAUGAUUCAUUACCUUUCAUUUGAGCCAUGUCUGGUGGCGAACAUUGCCGUAUGGAGCGGUCGAGGCUUGCAAAAAGAAUAUUCGGUGGAGACGUAAAAAAAGAUAUCAACUUUUAACCCCUUCAAUUCCCAUAAGGUUCUCAUCCCCUAAACAUCAUUUCAGUGAGGUCUGCUGGGAUUUAUUACCUUUCAUUUGAGCCAUGUCCGGUGGCGAACUUUGCCGUAUGUAUCGAUGCCUCGAAAAAAAUAUACUGUGGCAUGUCAGUUAACUGCUAGUAGUGUUAUUUAUGUAUUAAUGUCAUUUUGUUUAUUUUCUUUGGUUACAUCUUCUGACAUCAGACUCGGACUUCUCUUGAACUGAAUUUUAAUGUGCGUAUUGUUAUGCAUUUACUUUUCUACAUUGGUUAGAGGUAUAUGGGGAGGGUUGAGAUAUCACAAACAUGUUUAACCCCGCCGCAUUUUUGCGCCUGUCCCAAGUCAGGAGCCUCUGGCCCUUGUUAGUCUUGUAUUAUUUUAAUUUUAGUUUCUUGUGUACAAUUUGGAAAUUAGUAUGGCGUUCAUUAUCACUGAACUAGUAUAUAUUUGUUGAGGGGCCAGCUGAAGGACGCCUCCGGGUGGGGAAAUUUCUCGCUACAUUGAAGACCUGUUGGUGACCUUCUGCUGUUGUUUUUUUUUUAUUUGGUCGGGUUGUUGUCUCUUUGACACAUUCCUCAUUUCCAUUCUCAAUUUUAAUUUUACUGUGAACAUGUAAAAAAAAUUAAUGAUAUCAACUUUGAACCCCUUCAAUUCCUAGAAGGUUUGAACCCUAAAAAAUCAUUCCAGUGGGGUUUGCUGUGAUUUAUUACCUUUCAUUUGAGCCAUGUCCGGUGGCGAACUUUGCCGUAUGUCAAAGAUUGUUCGCUGACAAGUGCUUUACCAACAGCUUUCUGUAAUGUCAUUUUGGUUAAACCAAUUAGAAGUUCCCAUUUUCCGCCAUACCAUGGGGCUCUUGUCGGAAUGAAUUUCCAGUUGUUUUGCAAAUUCAGCUAACUUUAUACAUUGGGGUUCGUUUGAUGCGGCUUCAGAUGUAGGUGCAUUAUCGAAAUAAAUAGUGUUUGUCAAUAUAAAUGCUUAGA